AUGAUUCGUUGGGCUGUUGAUCUUGCGGGUGUUGACGCGGACGCGGAUCUUCAACGUGAUGACCGUAUGAAAUUGUACGUGGGGCCUUCUUCCGGAAGGAAAGAGAAUUGGAAACCUACGUUUACUACAUUUACAGAUCCAAGUUCGCUUGGCCCUGUGGGGACUGUUGUCACGCUGACAAUGAGGGAUCUCAUUCAGCUCCAGCAAGAGAGACUGGAGCAGGCGUUAGCGGUGAAUCCUUUUGGUCAGGCUGGAAUCAGCACAUUUCAGCCAAAGAACGAUACCGAGUUUUUAAAGGGAUUGGAAGUUCGCGUGUUCAGUACCUUUACUAAUGCUCAAGGAAAGCGAACUGUGUGCACAGUUCAGCCACGACGGACUCCAUUUCGUGGCGUAGAUGUGGUGCAUGCAUUUCUACAGCAAACAGUUGUCUCGGAUGAUCGUUUGUCGGCCCGAUUUUCAGCAAACCCUCGACUUUAUAAAUUAUACAUAGCUGACGAGUUCACUGGUGAGGAAGAGAUGGUGAUUCAGUUGGAUGGGGCUGCUCAAAAUUUUACCUGUUUUGCGGUCCAACCACUUCCAGCUGCGAAGCUAUUUUUGUUUCCACAGAGAACACAGUUGCUGCCCUCCGUUGCUGAGGAUAUUAACUUGGCAGUGGAAAUAAGCCCUUUAGACCCACAGGCCAAAACUGUCAAAAGCCAGGUGCGUGUGCCUGCCGAUAUGCUUGCAGAAAGUUUAGAACAAGCAAUUGUUAAUCUUCUUCCGGGGCGCGGCCUGGUUCCGGGUUCGUUGCGCAUCAAAUAUGGGCCAGUAGAGUUGAACAUCAAUGAGUACUAUAACUUUGGGUCAGGAUGCGGUCACAUGGAUGUGCCCAUAGCUGAACGGACCAUCUUGUCUCUUUACCGCUUUGGGGUGACAGAGGUUCUUCUGCAAGGACGUAUUCCUGACGAGAACACGGAUGUUUCUUUAUUAGUGGAGGAUAUUGUUGUUAAUAUUGACGCAGAGGAAGCACAGGCAUUUCAGCAAUUUGAUGUGAUUCGUAUAAAUCGCUAUGGUGCACGGCAGCAGCGUAUUCUGUGCGUUGAUGGGGAGCGACUUUAUACAGUGCGACCCAACGUGGAUGGCUCAGGGGCUGCCCAGGUUAACGAGGAAAAACUCAUCAAGGAUAUUGAAGAGGUGGUCACUUCACCAACAAAAUCAAAGUAUUUAGAGAUUCGAUACAGCCGUGCCUCAAACCAUGAGAAUGAUCACAUUGAAUGCACCACUGCGUAUAACCGUGCUUUGUUAGACGAGAAGCUGCGUGUUCUUCAACGAGAACUGCGCAAGAAGAGAGAUGAAGAGCGGCAACUAAAAGGCAACGACACGGUCUUUUCACGCUUGUUCCACCGGUUCAGGUUGGGGUUUCACAAAAAUUAA